AUGAGUUUCCUGCUCUGGCGAAGCCUCUGAAAGCCACAGACCUGGAUGAUGGCCUCGGGUUCCUGCCCACCUUUGGUCCCUGCUACGUCAACCUCUACGGCAGCCCCCGGGAGUUCACCGGCUUCCCCGACCCCUACGAGACCCUCAACUUGGGAAAGGGCGAGGGAGUGGCGUACCGCGGCAGGAUCCUGCUGGAGCUGCAGACCAAGCUGGUGGAGCACGUGGAGCAGAAGGUGGAGGACAUUUCUGCAGAUGACAUCCUGCGGGUGGAGAAGCACCUCCGCCGCCGGAAGUACUCCCUCUUCGCCGCCUUCUACUCGGCCACCAUGCUGCAGGACGUGGACGAUGCCAUCCAGUUUGAGGUCAGCAUUGGCAACUAUGGCAACAAGUUUGACACCACCUGCCUGCCCCUGGCCUCCACCACCCAGUACAGCCGGGCGGUCUUCGACGGCUGUCAGUAUUACUACCUGCCCUGGGGCAACGUGAAGCCCGUGGUGGUGUUGUCAUCCUACUGGGAAGACAUCAGCCAUCGGACUGAUGCCCAAAACCUUCUCCUGCAUGCAGCAGACAGGCUGGAAGCAAACCUGGAGAAGGUCCACCUUGCUCUCAAGGCCAACUGCCCCCCGAGCGAGCUGGAGGCGCAGGGUGCCCAGCUGCUGGACGAUGCCAUCGCCGACUGCAGCGCCAGCCUGGAGCAGAUGGCCAAGGCUGCCCUGAAGCUCAAGCACGAGGACUGGAGCCUGGCAGAGGCCCUGGAGCAGGCAGAGGACUGGCUGGCCAGGCUGAAGGCCAUGGCAGAGGAGGUGAUGCCUCGGGGGGGCUCCUGCUUCCCCGUCUCGCCGUCGCGGUGCCCACCUGGUGCCG